GUCGCUGAUACAGAAGUAAAUGCAGACAGGAUCAGAUUACAAAAUUGAGGCUCUCAAACAGGCAAGGAACGAAGUUUCACUUGAAGUUCAGAGUUGACAGCUGCUAGCGACACUCACUAUUAAAGCACGUCAGACGAAACAAGAUCAAUAUUGCAGACACAUGGGAAUGUUUCUGACCAUGGAGUCGAAGCGGCGGAAAGGUCUGAGUGGUGUCCUGUCUUCCUUGUCGCUGCUUUGCGUUGUGUUGGACCUACAGCUGGACGGUGUCUUGGGGGCCACACAUGUGGAGAUUGAACAUCACUUGGAGAUGGGCCGUAAGCUGCUGGCAGCAGGGCAACUAGCAGAGGCUCUUUCCCACUACCACUCUGCUGUAGAGGGUGACUCUAAAAACUACCUGACAUACUACAAGCGUGCAGCAGUGUUUCUGGCCAUGGGGAAGUCAAGGUCAGCCCUUCCGGAUCUCACCAGAGCCAUCCAGCUCAAACCGGACUUCCUAGCUGCACGUCUUCAGAGGGGAAAUAUCCUCCUGAAGCAGGGCAACACUGAAGAGGCCAGAGAGGACUUCCGGGCCGUGCUGGAAGGUGCCCCAGACCAGGUUGAGGCUCGUGAUCAGCUCCUAAGAACUCAGGAGCUAGAGGCCCUGCAGGAGGAGGCCCAAAUCGCUUACCAGCAUGGGGAUUACCUGGCAACCGCCACCGUGCUGGACCGAGUCCUCGAGCUCUCGCCCUGGGACCCGGACUCGCGGGAGAUGCGCGCACAGUGCUACAUGCAGCUGGGGGACCCGCGGAAGGCCAUCCAGGACCUGACGCCCACCACUCGCCUCCGCAAUGACAACCGCGCAGCCUUCCUCAAGCUCAGCCAGCUGCACUAUGGCCUGGGAGAGUACCAGGAGGCCCUGAGCCAUGUCCGUGAAUGUCUGAAGCUUGAUCAGGAUGACAAAGACUGUUUCUCCCACUACAAGCAAGUGAAGAAACUCGGCAAGCAGUUGGACUCUGCCGAAGAGCUCAUCUCCGAGCAGAGGUACCAGGAGGCGAUAGAGAAAUAUGAGUCAGUAAUGAAGACUGAGCCCAGCGUUCCCUUCUACACAAACAAAGCCAAGGAGAGGAUCUGCUUCUGUCUGGUCAAGGAUCAGAGGGGUUGGGAGGCAGUGGAUGCGUGUUCUGAGGCCCACCAAAGAGACCCCCAAAAUGUCAACAUCCUCAGAGACCGAGCAGAAGCCUACAUCCAGAACCAGGACUAUGAGAAAGCCGUGGAGGACUACCAAGAGGCCAGGGACUUUGAUGAGGAGAACCAGGACAUUAGAGAGGGGUUAGAGCGAGCACAGAAGCUGCUCAAGAUCUCCCGCAAGAGGGAUUACUACAAGAUCCUGGGAGUGAACAGGAAUGCCAAUAAACAGGAAGUCAUUAAGGCAUACAGAAAGCUGGCUCAACAGUGGCACCCAGAUAACUUUCAAUCUGAGUCGGAGAAGAAGGAAGCAGAGAAGAAAUUUAUUGACAUUGCCUCUGCUAAAGAGGUGCUCACUGACCCAGAAAUGCGACAGAAGUUUGAUGCAGGGGAGGACCCUCUGGACCCAGAGAACCAGCAGGGAGGUGGUGGGGGGCAAGGUUGGCCCUUUGAGUUCAACCCCUUCGGAUCCGGCGGAAACUUCCACUUCAAAUUCCACUACAACUAGUAUGAGGGAGAGCAGGGACAUGGGAGGUGUGAGAGAAUGGGGGAGGGAAGAAGAGAAGAAGAUGCCAAAACCUGAUGAUAGACUGGCGGGAUGAAGGAGGCAUGUUAGAAUAUGGAUUCUUGAAUUUGCAAUGGACUCCUGUGAGAUUUUGAAAACUCGGCCCACAGAGAUAUCAGACAUUUGGGGGUUGAGCUUUUACAGACAAUACCACAGACCUGCCAUGUCUGCAGUUACCCAAGAAACCCUAAACGGAAGACCUAGGGAUAAUGUCACACACAAGUUCUCUCUGCCGCAGAUCACCUGUGCCCAUUUGCCCAGCCACCCUGCAUUCAUCAGGAUUUCCAUCUUUGUCUGUGCCAUCUGCUUACUCCAGUGAGCUUUUUCAUUGCCUACGCCAUUUCUGUUUUUAACUGCAAAACCGUGCACAUAGGCUUAGAAACAUGAAUGAGUUGGUGGCCAGUUGUUGCUUUGAGUUGAAUUGUAAAUUCAUCCAGUCCCCUUUUACUUCUCAUACUGUGAAGUGCAGAGUGAGAAAGAUGCCGUUAAGAGUGACCUGUACGUAUUUUGGGGAGGAACUUAACAGUGUUGUUACUUUGUUUUGUUAGAAUUGUCUGAGAAAUUGCACUGAUUGGGCCUCAUGCAAGAACCACUCAUACAAACCGCUGUUCUUAAAUUGCUCAAGCGAUUUAAGAACUUUCUGCAUUCACCAGUUUAGUCAUAUUUCGAAUUUUAUUGGGUAGGAACAUAACCCAAUCGGUUACGGACUACAUCCCUUGUUCUUGUUAAACCCAUUGGCCAUCCAUCUGAUGGAACCCACCUACAGUACCUUAUAUACUGUACUAUAAUGAACUUCUUCAUUUAGGUCAGUUUUAUGAAGUUGGGAGCAUUUGUUGAAUCUGACGUGGUACCUUGUGGGGAGUCGCCUCGAAGAGCAUACUCGCCCUCUGUACAAAAAAAUGAGAAAUUUACAAUAAGAAUAUGUUCUUGCAUGAGGCCCAUUCUUUUAAAUUAAACUACUCCAAACCCAGCCCCUUAUAUAUUUAGUGCAAUUGCCCCACAGUGUUCGACAGAAUUCAUAUUAAUUCUGUCAUACAUUUGGGAGGAAAUGUAAUUUUGAGGUUUGAGGAGAACUGUUUUUACAUAACCAUUGAUGACAUGAUUGCAGUGGUUAAAAGCUUUGGGAUAGGUUGACUUGCACCCUUUGAACGAUCUAAGCAAACGAUCACUCCAUUUCAGCUACUCCAAGUUUUAUAGCCCCAGAGUUAAAUGGAACUAAAGGGCUUUCUGUGGAUUAUGAGGACUGUUUCUAGUUUCUUUUUAUGUUAUGUUUUCAACAGAAUUUUGGAAUGCACUCCAAAAACAGACAAUUAAAAACAGCUUGAGAACAACAAAUCUGUUUAUUUUAAGCAGACUCCAGAUGCACAAAAACCUUGAAUGAUUGCCAUUUUGUCAAAAACAAGCACUGAAGUGCAGUGAAAAGUAUUUAAUGGUCUAUGUAAACUGGCCAAACUGAUUGCCUUAAAUAGAUAUGAAAUAUAAGUGUAUGAUUCUUUAUUAAAAUGGUUCUAAUUAUA